CAAAAUAGACGACAGUCCAUUGUCACUCGUCAUCGCAUUUAAAUCGGUCACCUUUCGAAACACAUUUUUUGUUUAUAAUUGGCAAUCAACGCACAAAAAACCACUUUAUUUUAUCAUUCAUUCAAAAUUAUUUCGAAAUUUUUGGGCAUUUCUAGUCGAUUUUUAACGUUCGGACACUCGUAAAAGUGCUCGCAGCAAUUUAAUUAUAGGAAAUUUGUGAUAAGAAAAAAGAAAUCAAACGACAGUCAAUAAAAAAAAGUCCACAAAAGGCAUUUAAAAGUCAUUUAAAAAAUUUGUUUAGGGUAGAAGUGAGAACGGGAAAAAAAAUUUUAAAAAAUGUCUUUGUUGUUACGUAAUUCGAGUGUUAUCACAAGAUUUGAAAAUGCGUUGAUAAAAGAUACGGCACGGAGAUUCUUCGCAAGUCGAUCUUUGGGACAUGAUCGAGACAAUAAAUAUGACUUGGUUGUCGUUGGCGGGGGAAUUGUUGGCGUUGCAUCCGCUCGCGAAAUCAUGAUUCGUCAUCCCAAACUUCGUGUUGCCAUUUUGGAGAAGGAAAAAUCGCUUGCCGUGCAUCAAAGUGGUCAUAACAGCGGCGUAAUUCAUGCUGGAAUUUACUACAAACCGGGUUCCUUGAAGGCGAAACUUUGCGUCGAAGGAUUACGAAGAAGUUACAAAUACUUGGAGGAAAAGAAAAUUCCCUACAAAAAAGUGGGAAAACUCAUUGUCGCUACCAACGAACUCGAAGUCAAGCGUUUGAAGGAUUUGGAAGAACGUGGAAAAGCAAAUGAAGUUCCCGGCAUGCAAGUCAUCGAUGGCGAUCAAAUUCAGGAAAUCGAGCCAUAUUGCAUUGGUUUGAAGGCGAUUUGGUCUCCGGAAACGGGAAUUGUUGAUUGGGCGCAAGUUUGUCGCAGUUACGGAAAGGAUUUCACAAAUUCCGGCGGCGAUAUUCAUUUGAACUUUGAGGCGCAGAAAUUCGUUGAGACAGUUGGCGAUGCUGAUCAUCCAGUGACGAUUUUAGGGAAUGAUGAUCAACGGGUGAGCACGAAGUAUGUUUUGACAUGCGGCGGAUUGCAAGCAGAUUUAUUGGCAAAAUUAACGGGAUGUUCGCCGACACCGAAAAUUGUUCCGUUCCGCGGUGAAUAUUUGUUGUUGAAUCCUGAGAAGGCUCAUAUGGUCAAAGGCAACAUUUAUCCCGUGCCUGAUCCGAGAUUCCCCUUUUUGGGAGUGCAUUUCACGCCACGCAUGGAUGGCUCGAUUUGGUUGGGACCGAAUGCCGUGUUUGCACUUCGUCGUGAGGGAUAUAAAUGGACAGAUAUUAAUCUUAAAGAGCUUUUUGAGUCAGUCACUUACCCAGGUUUCCUUCGCUUGUCAGCCCGUUUCAUCUUGCCCGGAUUACAGGAAGCUGCCAAAUCUCUCAUCACGCCGUUACAGGUCGCAGAUUUGCGAAAAUAUAUCCCUGACAUCAUGGAUUACGACGUAAUGCCGGGACCAUCAGGUGUGAGAGCUCAAGCUUUAUCGCCCGAAGGUGAACUCGUCGACGAUUUCGUGUUUGAUCAAGGCAGUGGCGAGAGUCCCAUCGCCAAACAAGUUUUGCAUUGCCGUAACGCUCCAUCGCCCGGUGCUACAAGUUCCUUAGCUAUUGCACGAAACAUCGCCGAUCGAAUUGAUAAAGACUUCCGGUUGGAAUAAAAUGGAAACCAUUGAUCCAGUCGAACGCCAAACUAAGCAUCGAAAAGUCCCAGUAAGCUGUCAUGUGGAAACCCAUGUUGGUGAAUACGACAAUGUACUCAAAAAAUGCGAAAAAAGUGUAAACUG